GUUCCCCGUAUCGUCUGAAAUUCUUUUUUCUUUUGCUGACCCUAAGUUGGCCUCUCCAGAUGGUUAAUAUGUAUCAGCCUACGUCACUGGAAAUGUAUAUAUCUGGAGACUAUUGGUGAAAUCUGAUACAGACUGCAUCCCUGCUGCUUGGCAUUCUGUGAUGUGAUAGCACCAUGGCAGUUCAUAUAGACUGACAUUCUUGGAAAGCCAGAGUGAGUGUAAAGAUCCUGAAUGAAUGUGAGUGAUCCAUGGGAGCAGCAGACGCAGUGUCUCCCACUGCAUUCUGGAGGAUUAGCCCUCUGACUUUCUAAGGUCAGAUGAUUUCCAGUUGGGUUUCAACUGAGCAAAUGGUAUUGUUUAAAAUGCUAUGACCUUUUUGUGUAUAUUAGGGGUGUUACGAAAGGUAUAUUAUUAUAUUUUAUUUAUUAUAUUUAUAUGUCAGACAGCAUUCAUUGUGAAUCAAAUAAUAUCAUAUUUUAUCCAUCCAUAAUACUCACAAAAAAGACGAUCACAAAAGUAAGCACCUCCACAGUCAUUUAAAUUUUAUGUGUAUUUAAAUUCGUCUAGUAAGAAAAAUGUGUUAAUUCAUUCACCACCAAGUUAAUUCACUCCUUGCUGUGGUCCUCUUUUGGCAACUGAAUUUUGACCAAAAAUAAAAUAGCAGUUUAAUAAAUAAAUAAAAGCAAAAUACAUUUUGGAGUUUCUUCUGUAUUGAAAAAUAUAUCAUAUCAUGGUGCAAAAAACACCACAUAUUGUAUCAUGAACUUGGGUGGCAUUUCGGUUUAAAAUCCUCUUUAAAACCCUCUUAAUAUUGAACUUCUGAAGGGAAUAAGAUCCCUUACUAAAUGUCAAGUAACACGCUAAUGAAGUAACUAUUUGCUAAUCAUUGUUUUGUAAUUUUCAUACACCACGUCAUGUAGUUUUACAAACCUGGCAGUAAUGUAUUAACAGUUUUUACAGGAGAGGGCAGCAGAACUUCAUUAUGAUUAUUGCAAUAGUGUGGCACUUUCUAGAGAGAGUCACACAGAAAUCACGGUUUCCAUUCAAAUUGUGUCUGUGUUUACCUGUCGACUUUGUCUUCAUUUACUCACAACAUGAACACAGUUUUGUUUCUUUCCAUCUGCGUUGUGGUUCACGCCUUCGCCUCUUAUAUCUGUGCAUCAAGAAAGCUGAUAAGAAGUAGGCUAAAACAGGUAGAGUCAUUCUGACUCUGGUUAAUGGUUGCUCUGUUGUACUGAGACUGACAGGGCGCGUGCUCACUGCACUCACUCUUUAACGGAGAGGGAGAGUCACAGCAGCUCAUUCAGAGAGACGAGGGGGAAAGAGUGAGAGAGCUGUUACUGCGUCGUUAAAGAAACUUCAUCUGUGGAAGUAAUCUAGGCAAACAGUUUUCUCUCUUCUUUUUCUUGAAGACUUUGAACAUGGGGCUGUCAAGGAAGUGAAAACAUAGUGUUUUGACUUAAAGAACACCAGUGUGGCAGACAUGGAGGCCAAAGAGGAGAUCAGUGACACAGACAGUGGGAUUAUUCUGCAUUCUGGACCUGACAGUCCCACCACAGGGAUGAAGGAUGUGAGUACACAUACUCGGGCUGUGAAGCUAAAGCGGCAGUCACUGGAGGACAGGCUAGAGCUAUGUAUUCUGGAGCUGAAAAAACUCUGUAUCAGAGAAGCUGAACUCACAGGACACUUGUCUUCAGACUACCCUCUGUUGCCUGGAGAGAAACCUCCACAGAUUCGCAGACGCAUCGGGGCAGCUUUUAAGCUAGAUGAGCAGAGCAUUCUAUACAGAGGAGGAGAGGACUCAGAGCUAUGUGCGGUGGAGGCUAAGCUGGCCCUGCAGCAGCAGAUCUACGUUGCGGCCCGCAGACUGUGCCAGGAGGAGCACCUCAGCAAGGCGGUGAAGAAGAGCAGAGUGCAGCAGUGCAAGCGUGAAGAACAGAAGCUCAAGGAACUCCAAGAGGCUGUGUUCCAGCUGCGGCUUGCACAUGGCCGUUCCUCACCGCGCCCUGGAAUGAUUCUGCAAAAACAUCAAGCCACAUCAGAUGACAGUUCGUUGUCAGAUUCAGCAGUGUUGGAUGAAGAAGAGCUAAUGAGCCAGUCGUCCCAGCUCUCCUCGGAGCCCCCUCCUGUUGUAGACUGUCUUUCUGUUCCUCCAGGCACUUCCCAUCGUCCGCUCGCGCCUACUGGCUCCUCACCCCUACUUCAGCCACCUGAGCCCAGCCCCUGUCAGCCACCCGCACUGCCCCUCAAGGCUUUACACCCCUGCCAUAGCCCCACAGUAGAGUAUGAGCCUUCCCCCAUCCAGAACUCCCCCUGGAAAGAAUCUAGUCUUGAUCAGCCAUACCAAAAACAGAAGAAGUCUUGUUCCAGCAGCACCAAAUCCAGUCCUGCUGUUACUCCUACGUUGCCUCCACUGGAAGCUUGUUUAGAAGAGACAGGCGUGACGCUGCAGAUACCCAGUCAUGUAUCACUGAGACACACACAAUCCAGCAGUGCCCCCUCCACUCCAGAGAUGCAUCUACGUAGAGGUUAUUCUCUCAGAGUUCCGAACACUGAGCGACCACAAGAGGUGGAGCGGGACAGAGGCAGAUCACAGGGGCCCAGGAGGCGACUGACAGACGUUAUUUUGACAUCAUCAUCUCCAGAGUACUCCCCGAUGAGAUUAGCCAUGGGAAACCCAAUGUAUUACUCCAGCUCUGAGGACAGUAACUCUGAGCACUCUUCAACUCCUUCCUAUGUCAGCUCACCAUGCCAAGAGCAUCCAGCAGAGCUACAGAGGCCAUACCAAGCACAGUAUAGAUACCAAUACACCAGUCUCCCUGAUAAUUACAUUCCCCAGUCCUACAUGCCACUCAGCCACUACAAAAACUCCUCACCUCAGCUUUCCUCAAGCUUCUACAGAGGAUAUGUGGAUGAGGGAAGGGGCCAUGAAAUGGACAUGAGUAGAAUGCAUAUGAGGCACCAACCUCCACCUUCUUGCACCAAUGGCCACUACGAGUAUUGGUAUGAAGAGGCACUCCCACAUCAGGUAUACAGGCCAGUACCUCCCCACCUCAUGCUUUCUCGGGCCCCAUCGCUCAGAGAGUACCCCCACCACCCCAGCAGGGGCCUCCCUCGUCAGGUGGUUUCAGAAGAGCUCAAGUCGUGGCACCAGAGGAGCCAAUUGCGGCCGCCCCGACCGCACUCCCUGGACAGACAUCGGCAAGGUGCAAUGCGCUUCAGAAACCAGCCUGGACACGAGUCACCACUGUCCCAGCAACACAGCUUCCAAGAACAACAGGUACCCCAAAGACACAUUAUCCAGAGGACUGCUGAUGGAACACCAAUCAAAUGGUACGAAGAAGAAGAUGCAGAGAUUGUCAGCCAGGUGUAGCAGAAGGACCCCAUACCUGUGGAAAGGGAAAUAAUUAACACCUGUCAAGAGUCCUAUUUAUGAUUUAAUUUAUUGAACCACUAGAUGAAAGUGAUUUUUCCAUGGUUAUAUCUAGAUUAGUUGGGAUAAUCUUGAGCUUUUGACAUUUUUAAAUGCCUUUUCACCUAAUAAUACACCACAAUAACUGUUUUAUACCUGAACUUCUGUGAAAAACAAUGUUGUUGUUGUUGUUGUUGUUGUUGUUAAGAGUAGAUUUUUCUAUUUCUACAUUUUGUACAAUGAAAGCAAAUCUAAUUUGUUACUUAAAUGAGUUUUUAUGUGUUG